AUGGAUACUCAUAGUUGGGCUAGUAAUUUUGAAAACUUUAUAAACAAAUUAGACAUAAAAACCUUUAAAUACGAUGAUUUCGAAGAUCAUGAAUUAAUAGGCAGCGGGGCAUUUGGAAAG